AUGCACCUUUCUCUUCUUUUCCUAUCGCUACUAGGCAUUGGAACUGCCAUAACCCUUCCUGAUCCCACUGGACCAUAUGGCGUGGCCCUCCGCUCCCAAGGCAUGACCGACACAAAACGGAUCGACCCUUACGAUCCAAAGAAGGGCCACAGACAAGUACUUGCUUCUAUCUUCUGGCCCAUUCAUUCGACCGCCUGCUCUGAGGAAAUUGUUCCUUACAUGCCGCCAGCCGUUGCCCAGUUCUAUGGACAGCAGGCACAGAGCAUGGGUCUUUCCAACGAUACCUUUGCAGCCUUCGAGUAUGCUGUCUGCAAGACGCCUGCUUCUCCAAAGGGGUGUGGCAGCCAGAGAUCAUUUCCUCUUGCUGUCUUCUCGUCUGGUGCUGGAAACUCUCGGCUACUGUACAGUAACAUGGCACGGUCACUAGCCAGUUACGGUAACAUCGUGGUUUUAAUCGACCACCCUUAUGAUGCCGACAUCGUUGAAUUUCCCGACGGACAAAUCAUAAGGAGUGGUAACAUCCCCGAGACGACAAAGUCUCUUAUAGAUUUGACAAAGGUCAGAGCUAUGGAUAUUUCGUUUGUGAUUUCCAAGGUUAUGCAACCCUCUUUCCAGAGAAAGGUCUUCAAAGGUCUCCCUGGAUCAAUAGAUGCCAAGAAGGUGUUUGCUCUUGGACAUUCUCUCGGUGGUGCUAGCGCUGCUGUGGCAUCUCUGUCUGAUGUUAGACUUCGCGGAGGGAUGGAUUUGGAUGGUCAGAUUUUUGAGCCUGCUCUUAGCAAAGGGCUAGAUAAGCCCUUCUUUCUCGUCGGUCGUCCCAAUCACAGCAAGGAGGAUACAACAUGGAAGACGUUCUACGCUAAGCUUCGAGGACCCAAGAAGGAGAUCGCAAUCAAGGGCACUGUUCAUGGAUCAUUCACUGAUUAUCCACAGUUGAUCCAAGCCCUUCACCUACCAGCAUCAACUCAGAAGGCUGUGCAACAGCUCGUUGGGGAUAUCGAUGCUGAUUACCUCCAGAAGUUCCUCUCCGAGACCAUUGUUCGUUUCAUGAACAUCUCUUUUGACAAUGAAGCCAAAGCUUGA